GAGAAACGGAGAAAUAACGAUGGCACAAACGUCCGAACCGGCACCCGUGCAUUGCUAUACGAAUCCAUCGUUUUGUCGUCAAUCCGAAUACAUCCCGGACGACAGAGAGAACCUACCACCUCCGCCACAAUUUCAAAGUACCGACGAAUUACCACCGCCGCCGCCGCCUUUGCAAAUGCAUUUACAGUGCGGCCAAAGCAAUCCCGCGUUUCAGGCUAAUGCCGAAAUACGAAUCGAGAGGCAAAUCGAGACGCGAGAGGCCAGAGAGCACAGGCGAUAUUGUUAUUUGAAUGAGAAUAGAGAUCCGGCGCACAAGAGAUAUGCAAGUUUGCCGAUCGAAGAUCGUAACGUAAUCGGGUAUGGACAAUCCUCGAGGUACGAGUACAUUCAGGAGGAGCAAAGGGGUCACGUGCAGAGAAGGCCUUCCAUUAGGUACGAAUUCAUUCCGCGCCAGCAGGUGCAACGGCAACGUUCCGCGCCGCCGCUCAACCAAGACGAUGGACGACGGGGCCUGCCACGGAUACAGACAAACCAGAACAAUGGCGGAAGAUACGCGAUCGUACCGGGUGAACUCGAUUAUCCGGACGACGAGAGAAGUGCUUCGAUCGGUAGACGAAUUUCACCGGUACGACGCGGUAGCGUAAACACGCUUCAGGGUCGUUACGCGAGAGUACCUCUGCAAGACGAAGAUCCUCCGGCCCUACCGGAAAGGAAUUUUCAACAGGAAUACCCGACGUCGCCGAGGAAUAAUCUGGCGACGAAAAGACUUCAUGAGAUAUUGACGACUCCACGGAAGCCAAGGUCUAGAUCGGAGGAACGAACCCUAUCGCCUAAGAGGCAACAGAGCGUGAAUCAAACCGGUACGCCACAAAGGAGAGCUCUCACCCCAGUUGGAUCACCAAGCGGUCGUACCUUUAGCCCGACCACUCGUACGACUCCCCAAGGAACUCCGCAGAAUCGAGCGUUUCCAACGAAUGGCCCUCAAACCUCGACACCGAACAAAGAACCUUCGGCAAGGAGGUGUUUACCCCUCGUUGAAAACUCAUCCCGACAACGGGACGUAUGUCCAGCCAGUAAUUGCGGCAAACUUCGUUACGUUGGUACGGCUCCGGUCGAUCUUGCGUCGAUGGUUUACGGAGAGCCACCGCCUCGUUAUGGAUAUCUCGAAAACGGUCCGGAAUCUAUGCCAAUGGUAUCCGGUUCUCCGAGGUAUCAAGUACUUCCGGCCGAUCAAAAGAGGAGCGGCUAUCAGAGCGUGGAGAGCGCGUUUAUCGCGAGGACCGCCGUAGUACCACCGUUAUCUCCGCCGCAUAGCGAGGUUAACACGACACUGGUAAGCGCAUUGGAGAAAAAUGAUCGUAGAAAUGCCCCGCUCUUGCUCGUAUUGGUAGGCGUUUUAACCUGCGGUCUUGCUAUUUACCUAUCUUGGACGCAAGGAAGAAGAUAUUACUUCGACAGUGCCGUCGGUUGCGGUGCCUGUUGCGCUCUAGCAGGAGCUUGCAGAAGUUUAAGAAGAACCUGGACAGGGCUGGGUCUCGCGGGACUCUCGGCACUGAGCUGCGCCGGACUCUUGUUACUCGCUGCGAAAUCGCCCAGACCAGGAACUCCUCUUCACGACGUCACAGCCGGUGCUUUGUGCGGAGUUUCACUUUUAGGUGCCAGCCUCGCGCUCCUUGCCGUGUUAACGCCAAAGUGUAACUUGGGUAGACACAGAAGAGUGCACUCUUGGAUCCCUCGGCUGUCAUCUUGAGUCAUUUAACAAAUUUUCAUGGACUCUCGU